AAUAAUAGAACCACGAGUAAGGAUUCCUUAUCCCCCGCGUUUGUGGCUUUCUGCACAAUCCAAUAAUCUGACCACUUUCCCAUUCGGGGCUGGCCCCCAAGCCAGAAAGUGAGGAGUAGUGCCGAGGGAACCCACGCGCCAAAGCCACUAUAGUGCGGGCCCUUAAAGCCCGCCGCAGCCCACCACAGAGUCAGUCAGUUCGGAGCGACCCGCCGGGUAUACUGACGAAACGACGUACGGUGGAUUUUCUUGACUGGACAAACUGUUAUUGCUUACAACUGCGAUUUGCAGAUGUGAGAGAUUGUGGAAGGACGACCUGGUAUUAAGUUUGUGUGUACCACGGUAAUCUUAUGACGGCUUGGCGGUGAGACGGGGAUCUCCACUAGAGAGAGAGUACAGUGGGACGCAGCGCACGAUCAGCUUACGGUGGCUUGCGCGCGCGCGUGCGCCCGUACGCGACGAUAUGGGUAGUGAUGCUGCUGCUACUGCUGUUGCUGGGCUGAGUAAGAACGACGCUGUGGUGACUAAGGACGACAACAGCAACGACGCAGCGGAACGGAUUGAAACCUCGACGACGAGAGACGACAGCGCGACGCUUGAGACUGCGACGUCGGGCGCUGCGACGAAGGCUGAGGGAGAGCAGCAGCGCGGGGCGAAGAAGGGGUGGAGACGGAAAGGGUGGUUUGGGAAGAUGAACGCGAGUGCGGAGGGAGAGGCGCUGGAGAAUAUGGGGAGUAGGGAUGGGUUGUUGGAGGGGGGGGAGGGGGAGGUGGUGUGGAAGGUUUAUAAGAGGAGGUGGUUUGGGUUGUUGCAGCUUGUGCUGUUGAAUGUGGUUGUUAGUUGGGAUUGGCUCUCUUUUGCGCCUGUCUCGACGACGGCAUCGGAAUACUUCGAUAUCUCAAUGACGGCUGUAAACUGGCUAAGCACCGGCUUCCUCUUCGCCUUCUGCGUCGCAACACCCUUCACCAUCUACGUCCUUCACAAAGGCGGUCCCAAGCCCGCCAUCAUAACCGCCUCUGUCCUCCUCCUCGUCGGGAACUGGAUCCGCUACGGCGGGACCCGCGUCCAGAACUACGGCGUCGUCAUGUUUGGCCAGAUCCUGACGGGGUUUGCGCAGCCGUUCGUGCUGUCGUCACCGACGCACUAUAGCGAUCUGUGGUUUACGAAUAAUGGGCGUGUGGCGGCGACGGCGGUGAUGACGCUGGCGAAUCCGUUGGGAGGGGCGUUGGGGCAGUUGAUUGAUCCGUUUUUUGCGCCGAAUAAGGGGGAUAUACCGAAUAUGGUGUUGUAUAUUUCUAUUAUUGCUACGGUUGCUUCGAUCCCUUCUUUCUUCAUACCCGCCGCUCCACCAACGCCAUCCUCGCCAUCAUCAACAGAGCACAAGCUGGACAUCAUCCCCUCCAUAAAGACGCUCUUCAAAUCCCCUGAGUUCAUCAUGAUGCUCAUCCCCUACACCGUCUACGUCGGCCUCUUCAACUCCAUCUCCUCCCUCCUCAACCAAAUGCUCUCCCCCUACGGCUUCACCGAAGAAGAAGCCGGCAUCGCCGGCGCGAUCCUCAUCGUCGUCGGCCUCGUCGCCGCAGCCAUCUCAUCCCCCAUCCUUGAUCGCUCGAAGAAAUUCCUCCUCGCUAUCAAAAUACAGGUCCCCCUCAUCGCCCUCGCGUACCUAGCGUUCAUCUGGGCCCCGCCCACUCGUGGCGUCGCGGCCCCGUAUACUAUCCUCGCUAUCCUUGGCGCGGCGUCGUUUACACUCCUCCCUGUGGCGCUUGAGUAUGUGACGGAGCUCACGCAUCCUGUUAGCCCGGAGGUGACGAGUACGAUUUUGUGGUCGGGUGGGCAGUUGCUCGGUGGGCUGUUUAUCGUUAUUAGUGAUGCGUUGACGGAUGGGGAGAAUGGCGGGCCCGGGUCGGAUGUCCCGAGGAAUAUGCAGCGUGCGCUGUGGUUUCAGGCUGUGAUUGCAAUGGUGGUUAUGGUGCCGCCGCUUUGUUUAGGGUUGUUUGGGAGGAGGGAGCAGGUCAAGAUGAGGAGGGUGGAGGCGGAUAAGGUGUAUAGGGAGGGACAGAGGACUAAUGGGGGGGUUGUAUCUUGA